GUCUAGGUUUGAUUAACAAAUUCCAAAAGUGAGCAAAAGAAGAGUGAUCGAAUCGGCAACCUGCAAGCAAAAGAUGAGCAGUCGGCGAGGGCCACCGAAGCACCAAAACAGUUACGCCUGGAAGCCAAACGCCGGUGUUAAAAUCAACGAGAAGGAAGUUGGAGGGAAGCUAAGGCCUUACUCUGAAAUAACUGGAGUUUGCCCUCGAUGCAGAGAACAAAUCGACUGGAAGCGUCGUUACGGUAAAUAUAAACCCCUAACGGAGCCUGCAAAAUGUCAGCUUUGCACCAAACGUAAUGUGCGUCAAGCCUAUCAUAAUCUUUGUUCUGGAUGUGCUAAGGAGCAAAAAGUAUGUGCAAAGUGUCGAUGUCAUGUUGAUCAAAUAGUUGGGAGGGAUUCUGCAGAUGUGGAGGAAGAGCAAAAGAUGCUUGAAGAGGCAAUUAAAAAUGCUCGAGAGAGGGAUAGAAGAACAUUGUUACGAGCCCUUGAUAAGGCAUGCGACUUUCUUCUUAUGCCUCUCAUGAUUCAGUCCAUUGUUUUUGUUCAAGGAAAAAGGAUAUAUGUACUUGAAGUUAUUCUUGAUAUAUCAACGUUGUCAAUGAACUUGAUGAAUAAAAGUAGUUCCAAAAGUUCAUCGAAAACCACAGCCAACAAAGAAAAUGGUAGGGUGGGUGAAAUUUUUCCUUCUACAUCACUUGAGGAAUAUGCCAAGCUAGGUAGAAAAGAUGGUGGAAAUCAUGAUGGUCAAUAUGACUCCAAGAAUGAUUGCAUUGGUGACCACGAUGAUGAUGAUGAAGAUGAAGAUGCCAACGAAAUCGAUGGUCAAGAUGAUGAACAAGUUGAUGAUCAAGGUCUUCAACAAAAUAUACCAUCAUCGUCAAGCAGCAGCAACGAUGCCAGCAACAUAAUAGAAUAUUCUGAAGCACCUCCCACAGAACUUCGAAGAUCCAUAAGAGAGAGAAGAAUGCCAGAAAGACGAUCAGAAAAACACAACUGGAUAUCUAUUUCAUAUCGGCUCUGCAACAUUUUCAUGGUCAUCAAAGAAGCAACAAACGAUAGCUUUUUCAACAUGUGA